CAAGAAAGCCCGCUUGGUGCCUUUGAACAGAAAGAGAAGUGAGCAGCAGCGGAGCAGCUACAAGGAGGAAGAGGAGGAGGAGGAGGAGGUGGAAGAAGGGGCUUCUCCCGGUGGAUCCAGGUGGCGAUGAGCAGCCCCGAUGCGGGAUACGCCAGCAGCGAGGACCAAGGCCGGUGCCCGCUCCCUGCCCCGGUCAUGAUGCAGUGCCAAUGGGCCGAGUGCGAAGGGAAGGGCAAGGGCGAGGCGGUGGGGACAGCGGGGGAUCCGGGGCAACCAGGGACCCCCGGCAGGGCCAAGGGGGAGGCCCGCAUCCGGCGCCCCAUGAACGCCUUCAUGGUCUGGGCUAAAGACGAGCGCAAGCGGCUGGCCCAGCAGAACCCGGACCUCCACAACGCCGAGCUCAGCAAAAUGCUGGGGCAGUCUUGGCGGGCGCUGACGGCGGAGGAGAAGCGUCCCUUCGUGGAAGAGGCCGAGCGGCUCCGUCUGCAGCACAUGCGGGACCACCCCCACUACAAGUACCGCCCGAGGCGGAGGAAGCAGGUCAAGCGCCUCAAGAGGGGCGGCGGCGGCGGGGCAGAGGGCGGCCCCGAAGGGAGCAGCGCCUUCCUGGCCUCCCAGGGCCCCCCUCAUCCUCUGGGGCUCCAAGGAGGAGAGCCGGGGCCCCUCUGCGAGGGCUUGGGGCUGGCCUUUUCGGAGCCCUACGCCGGGGGCUUCCCGUACCGAGACUGCGGCCCUCUCUCGCUGCCUGCCUUCGGGGGCUACAACCUCCCCACCCCGGAGCCCGACUCGCAAAGCGGGGCUUGCGGGGAGCCGGCCUUCUUCCCCGCUCCGUCCGAGGAAGCCUCGGGGGCUCUGCUGGGGCCGCCCUACGGCUACCCGACGCCCCCCGGGGCCGAAUACCCCUGCGGCGGAGCCCCCCAGCAGUACCCCUUCUUCCGAGGCCGCUUCCCGGUCCCUCUGGAGCCCCCUCCGCCUUCCUGCCGUCGAGGCGGGGAGCCUCCUCUCGAGCCCCUGCCGGCCCCCGACGUCGAGCUCCUGGCCGAAAUGGACCGGGCCGAGUUCGAGCAGUACCUGCCCUCCUUCGCCGGACGGACCCCCGAGAUGGCUCUCCCCUUCCCGGGACACGAGGGCCCCGACGCCGCCUAUUACUGCCCCAGCGCCAGCGCCGGAGGAGGAGGAGGAGGAGGAGGAGGCAGCGCUUACCCGGAGCUCUGAGGCCCUCGAGGACACACCUCAGAAAUAAUCCGCUUUCAGGCCGCUUGAACUGCCCCGGCUCAAUGCUAGGCAAUGCUGGGAAGCGUCCUUUUUGUGAGACGACGGGGGCGGACUAAAAGAAAGGACAGUCGUUGCCCAUAGGGAGACACUGAGGAAUCCUUAUCCAUAGGGAAAUACUGGGAAUUACUUGCCCAUAUGGAGUCAUUGGGGAGUAUUUGCCCAUAGGGAAACAUUGGAGAAUACUUAUCCAUUGGGAGACAUUGGAAAUGACUGGCCCAUAUGGAAAUAUAGGGAAUUACUAGCCCAUAGGGGGAUAUUGGGAAUUACUGGCCCAUAAGGAGACAUUGGGGAAUACUUGCCCUUAGAGAAAUAUUAGUAAUUACUUUCCCAUAGAGAAAAAUUGGGGAAUACUUGCCCAUUGGGAAACAGAGGACACAUCUCCAAUGUUUCCCUAUGGGCAAGUACUCCCCUAUGUUUCCCUA